UCCCGGUAACGGACACGGCCGGGCGAGGAGAUGGCGGCGGCCUGGAGCGGCGGCUGCUGCUGAGGGGCUGGAGCCGGGCGCGGAGCGGCCUGUGCGGGACCCGGAGCCAUGGAGGGCGGCGGAGGCAGCGCGGGGAAGCCGAGCCUGCAGCUCGUGUACCAGGCGGUGCAGGCGCUUUACCAUGACCCGGACCCGAGCGGCAAGGAGCGGGCGAGCUGCUGGCUGGGGGAGCUGCAGAGAUCGGUUCAUGCAUGGGAGAUCUCAGACCAGUUGCUACAGAUCCGGCAGGAUGUAGAGUCAUGCUACUUUGCAGCACAGACCAUGAAAAUGAAGAUUCAAACCUCGUUCUAUGAACUCCCCACAGAUUCGCAUGCUUCAUUGCGGGACUCUUUACUGUCCCACAUCCAGAACUUGAAAGACCUGUCACCCGUCAUUGUAACUCAGCUUGCAUUAGCAAUAGCAGAUCUCGCCCUACAAAUGGCUUCUUGGAAGGGCUGUGUACAGACACUGGUGGAAAAGUACAGUAACGACGUGACAUCACUGCCCUUUCUGCUGGAGAUCCUCACGGUGCUGCCAGAGGAGGUUAAUAGCCGAUCUUUGCGCAUUGGUGCCAACCGCCGGACUGAAAUCAUUGAAGAUCUGGCUUAUUACUCCAGUACAGUGAUCUCCCUUCUGAUGACCUGUGUGGAGAAAGCAGGCAACGAUGAGAAGAUGCUCAUGAAAAUUUUCCGCUGCCUGGGGAGCUGGUUCAACCUGGGAGUUCUGGAUAGUAACUUCAUGGCCAACAGCAAGUUACUGUCCCUCCUCUUCGAGGUGCUGCGACAAGACAAGACGUCUUCAAACCUGCACGAGGCAGCCUCUGACUGCGUGUGCUCAGCUCUCUACGCCAUUGAAAACGUGGAGACCAACCUGCCCCUCGCACUGCAGCUCUUCCAGGGAGUCUUGACGCUGGAGGCCGCCUAUCACAUGGCUGUGGCCCGGGAGGAUUUAGACAAGGUUCUCAAUUACUGCCGCGUCUUCACUGAACUCUGCGAGACAUUUCUGGAUAAAAUUGUUUGUACGCCAGGCCAUGGGCUGGGGGACCUGCGCACGCUGGAGUUGUUGCUGAUCUGUGCAGGCCAUCCACAGUAUGAGGUGGUAGAAAUUUCCUUUAACUUCUGGUACAGACUGGGGGAGCAUCUGUACAAAACGGACGAUGCAGUCAUCCACAGCAUCUUCAAAGCCUACAUCCAAAGGCUUCUGCAUGCUCUGGCCAGACACUGUCAGCUUGACCCAGACCAUGAGGGUGUCCCGGAGGAGACAGACGACUUCGGGGAGUUCCGGAUGAGGGUCUCGGACCUGGUGAAGGACUUGAUCUUCCUGGUUGGAUCGGUGGAAUGUUUUGCCCAGCUUUAUGCCACCUUGAAGGACGGGAACCCUCCCUGGGAGGUGACGGAAGCUGUUCUCUUCAUCAUGGCCUCUAUAGCGAAGAGUGUUGACCAGGAGAACAACCCGACGCUGGUGGAGGUGCUGGAGGGGGUGGUGCGCCUCCCCGAAUCAGUGCACACUGCUGUCCGCUACACCAGCAUUGAGCUGGUGGGAGAAAUGAGCGAAGUCGUGGACAGAAACCCUCAGUUCCUGGAUCCUGUGCUGGGUUAUUUGAUGAAAGGUCUCUGUGAGAAGUCACUGGCCUCUGUUGCUGCCAAAGCUAUUCACAAUAUCUGCUCAGUAUGCCGGGACCAUAUGGCUCAGCACUUUAAUGGCCUGCUGGAGAUUGCCCGUUCCCUUGACUCCUUCAUGCUGUCUCCAGAGGCAGCUGUGGGACUUCUUAAAGGGACAGCAUUGGUUCUUGCCCGGCUACCCUUGGAAAAGAUAGCAGAGUGCCUCAGCGAGUUGUGUGCCGUUCAGGUGAUGGCACUGAAAAAGCUGCUAUCUCAGGAGCCGAGCAAUGGCCUGUCUUCUGACCCCACAGUGCCCCUAGAUCGACUGGCUGUCAUAUUUAGGCAUACCAACCCCAUUGUAGAAAAUGGCCAGACCCAUCCGUGCCAAAAAGUCAUACAGGAAAUCUGGCCGGUCCUGUCGGAGACCCUGAACAAACAUCGUGCCGAUAACCGCAUCGUGGAACGCUGCUGCCGGUGCCUGCGCUUUGCUGUCCGCUGUGUAGGCAAAGGGUCUGCGGCCCUGCUGCAGCCGCUGGUCACACAGAUGGUGAACGUGUACCAGGCGCAUCAACACUCCUGCUUCCUGUACCUCGGAAGCAUCCUGGUGGACGAGUACGGGAUGGAAGAAGGCUGCCGGCAGGGGCUGCUAGACAUGCUGCAGGCGCUGUGCUUGCCUACCUUCCAGCUCCUAGAGCAGCAGAAUGGCCUUCAGAACCACCCAGACACUGUGGACGACCUCUUCCGGCUAGCCACCAGGUUCAUCCAGCGCAGCCCAAUCACCUUGCUCCGCAGCCAGGUGAUCAUUCCCAUCCUGCAGUGGGCCAUCGCCUCCACUACCCUGGACCACCGGGACGCAAACUGCAGCGUCAUGAAAUUCCUGCGUGACCUCGUCCACACUGGGGUGGCCAAUGACCAUGAAGAGGACUUUGAAUUGCGGAAGGAGCUGAUCGGGCAAGUGAUGAACCAGCUGGGCCAGCAGCUCGUGAGCCAGCUGCUGCACACCUGCUGCUUCUGCCUGCCCCCCUACACCUUGCCUGACGUCGCCGAGGUGCUCUGGGAGAUCAUGCAGAUCGACAGGCCGACAUUUUGUCGCUGGCUAGAGAAUUCACUGAAGGGUUUACCAAAGGAAACAACCGGGGGAGCCAUCCAAGUAACGCACAAACAACUUACGGACUUUCACAAGGAGGUGACUAGUGCUGAGGAAUGUAAACAAGUGUGCUGGGCCCUGAGGGACUUCACCCGCUUGUUUCGAUAGCUCGCGCGCCCACUCUGUGCCUGUCUCCCAGGAAUGUCUUUUUAUUUAGAAGACAGGAAAUAAGCAAACCAAGAAUGUCCCACAAUCAGCAAACUUCAUUGUGGCCGAGGGCUUUCACUCACUCUCGUGUGCGCCGUCAAACCCGAAGAGACGCUUCCCGCCGGAACACGCCAGUGAAGUUACUGUUUGUGAGAGAGGGCACCUCAACCCGACUAAAGAUGGCUGCAGCCGGACCUACGGCAUUGUAGGGGGAACGCUGCUUUCCCGGUGGACUCGCUUUAAAAAAAAAAAGAAAGAAAGAAAAAAACAAAAAAAGAGAGAAAAGAAACAAGAAUGGAAGAAAAAAAUUUGCCUGGUAGCAAAAAAAAAAAAAAAAAAAAAAAAAAUACAAAACAAAGUAGAAAACUUUCUGUGAAAUGAAAAAUAAAAUAAAAUUUACUUAAAACGUGGGGAUUAAAAACACGAUACCUGCAAAACCAAUUGUCUGCACUGGGAGGGGGGAAGGCACCAAGGUUUUUAGCCCACUUCCAGAACUCCCUGAGCUUCCUCCACUCCCCUCCUCCUCCCCCCCCCCCCCAAAAAAAGAACAAUCAGGAGGAGUUGGGUUCCCCUGUGCGGCACCGUGCGGAUCCUGCUGUUCGCCCCUGUGGAGCGCACUUCCAGACCUCUGGGAGUUUAAACUUAACCCACCCCACCCUGCCCUCCUUAAGCAACUCCCCCUAGCUAAAUCUGAUGCCAUCAAUCUGUCAGCCUCCUGAGGAGAGUCAGCCUGGGAUAGACUGUUAUAUAUUAUAUAUAUUUUUUUCUUUUUUUAGUUUUUUUUUUUUUUUUAAUUUGGUUUUAUUUGGGUUUUUUACCAUGGGCGGGGGGGAAGAGGAGAGGGCUGUAGAGGUCGCAGUGAUGGGGCUGACUAUUUUAUUCAACAGAUUUGGAAACUGCUCCCUGGGGAAUCUGACAUUGACAAGACCUGAGACCCUGCGCAGGCGUUAGAACUGAGCGCAUGCUGUUCCGUCUGGUGUUGUAGCCAUCUCGAGAACAAUACAAACAAAAAAAACAAAAAAAUAAAUGAAAACAUUCAAAUGUCA